CCCACAUCUUCUAACAAUCCCCAUGCUCUUGGGAGACAGUGGUGCAGUACCAGGCUGGGUUUCCUUUAAAUGUACUACCCAGGCAUUUACCUGAUAACUUGAAGUAACCCACGGCCCAGUCCCCCAGCAUAUAUUGCUUGUUGCCACUCUUUCCCAUCUGUGCUGGAAGUUUGUGGAGAAUCUGUGGGGUCUAAACCCAUAGUAACCUCAGAACUCCAUCAACUCACCACAAAGUAGGACGUGACUGUGCCACAGGAAAAAAGCUACAUUAAAAGUAUUUGAAGAAUUUGGGAAGAUGAACCCUGAAGAGUCCUCCAAAUCACAACCAUCCAAUGCACAUAUACGCUCUGGGGUUUACUUUGCCACUGGACUCCAGGAAGAAGAGAAGGCAGCUGUGAACAAACGUAGCCCCAAGGUAUUGGAGGCUCUGCAAAAGCUGAACAUCCAGGCUGAGCAGGCUCCAGUCAUUGCUGUCCUAGGCUCUGGUGGGGGGCUGCGGGCCCACAUCGCUUGUCUUGGGGUACUGAGUGAAAUGAAAGAACUUGGCCUGUUGGAUGCUGUCACAUACCUCGCAGGGGUCUCUGGGUCUACUUGGGCGUUGUCUUCGUUCUACAUUAACAAUGGGAAUAUGGAAGGGAUGGAAGAGGAGCUGAAACAUCGAUAUGAGCAGAAUAGGUGGCACUUUGGAGAGAGCCUGAAGAAAGCUGUACAGGCAGCAAGGAGGGAGAAUUACUCCAUGACUGAUUUUUGGGCCUAUUUUGUUGUUUCUAGGCAAACCAGAGAGCUGCAGGACUCGAAUUUGUCCAGCAUAAAGAAACAAGUGGAAGAAGGCCUGCUGCCCUACCCAAUUUUUGCAGCCAUUGAUGGUGACCUUCAGCCUGACUGGAGGAAGAGAAAAACUCGGAAGUCCUGGUUUGAAUUCACCCCUCACCAUGCUGGCUACCCUGCACUUGGGGCUUUCAUUCCCAUCACACAGUUUGGAAGCAGAUUUGAGAAUGGAACACUGGUUAGACCUGAGCCUGAGAGAGACUUGACUUACCUGAGAGGUUUAUGGGGAAGUGCUCUAGCUGAUAUUGAAGAAAUUAAGAAAUAUAUUUGGGACAUAUUAAGGGACCUGAGAGAAAGAUUGAAGCAGGGAGAGGUUAAAGCAUCGACACACAUGGAAUCUCCAGAGAUGCAGGUGGAUGAAGUGCUCUUGGAUUUAAUGAUGGCUUAUGUCAAAGAUCAGAAUGACCCCAGCAUCAAGGCUAAGCUCCAGGCCCUGCAGCAGGUUCUGAGUGCUGAGAGAGCAGAUGAGUUUGGCGAACAGAAAUACAUCUGGCUGGCUGAGAUAGUCCAGAAGUGGGAUGAGGUCUCUCCCAAGGAGAAGGAGCAGUUUCUGGAAUAUCUGUUGUACAGCUUCAUGAGGCCACGAGAGCUUCAUGAGGGCACCAAGUGCAUCUCGAUGAGCUGGAUCGGGGGUUUAAUCCAGGAUGUUUUUACUUUUCUGAGUAAAACUGGAAUUUGUUGUUGGAGGUGGGAGUGGGGAACUGUCUACAACUUCCUCUAUAAACACGGUAACAUCACAGAUGAGGCCAUGCAGAGCCGGGAGUUUCUGCAUCUGAUAGACGCUGGUUUAGCCAUCAACACUCCCUACCCACUUGUUCUGCCUCCAACUCGUGAAGCUCACCUCAUCCUCUCAUUUGACUUCAGUGCCGGGGACCCACUAGAGACCAUCAGGGCCACAGCAGACUACUGCCGAUGCCAUGCAAUCCCCUUUCCUGAAGUGAGAGAGGAUCAGCUGAAGGAAUGGGCCAAAGCCCCAGCGAGCUGCUACAUCCUCAGAGGGGAGACUGGACCUGUUGUCAUGCAUUUUACUCUGUUCAACAAGAGCAACUGUGGAGAUGACAUUGAGACAUGGAGACAUAAAUAUGACACAAUGAAACUUUCUGACUCCUACACACCAGAUCUGGUGAAAGAUUUGCUGAGAGUGUCUAAGGAAAAUGUCCAGAUGAACAAGGAUAAUAUCCUCAAUGAGAUGAGGAAAAUAGCUGCGAAACCUGUCAACUUCCCAGGGGUGACUAAGGAGGACUGCUGGGGAGACACAGUGCAGCAUGCCCAAAGCUCUCGGACUGUGGAGAUCAAGAUUUCCAAUAACACAGACAUAACAUUCAGUGAGCCCUUGAAACCUGUCAACUUCCCAGGGGUGACUAAGGAGGACUGCUGGGGAGACACAGUGCAGCAUGCCCAAAGCUCUCGGACUGUGGAGAUCAAGAUUUCCAAUAACACAGACAUAACAUUCAGUGAGCCCUUAUACUACUUGCAGAGUGGGCAUGUACUAGUGGACCCACCACCUCUGCUGUCUCCAGAGUCCACCAUCAACUGUUCCUUUGUGAAGAAGAGCUCCAGCUUCCAGGGCACUGUGGGCAUACUGGUCUACCAGGGCCCAAGUAUCCACCUUGCCUUGAUGUUCUCUGUUCCGUUCAACUAUGCCCUUCACAGAAUUGAGUUUGCCUUAGCCAUCAUAACCGAGCCAGUCUCCAGGGACCUGAAGAUGGUCUUUGAUGACAUCAUUCAGGGCAAAGGGUCUCCAGAGCUAAAGGCAGCAAAGUGUGAUCUUCAGAUUCCUCAUGGGAUCCUGAAGCUGGAACAUGAUUCCUUGAUCAUCAGAGCCACAAUGUCCAACAUCCAUGUGGCUAAACUGGAUGUAGUGGUUGAGACCAAAGCUUCUUAAAAGUCUUUUUCCUUCAUUCAUAGCAUUACACUUCCAGUCAGAUUGCUUGGCUCUGUAAAGGAGAGACCUCAGCUGAAAUCAUGGUCCAUCUCUGCAGAGCCAAGGAACUCUGAGAAGACAAUUAUUCUGUAAAUGCUUGCUGCUUGACCAACAGAUUGAUGAUGCACUUCGUAGUCCCUCAGCACCUUCCUGCAUCCUGUGUUACUCAUGAUGUAUCUUUUAUUCUUCAUUCCCUGGCAUGCUGUUGUGGCUUGCCUUCCACACUUUUCUCCCUCAACAUCUUCCCUUCAAUCUGCUUUAGAUAGAUACCUUUGUUGGCUGUCUUGUCUGCUGCCUCACCCCUCCUUUCUACCUCUUCCACUAGUAAAUCAGUGGUCAAGCUUGAUGGCUCCACAUCUGACUUGGGUCCUGGUCCCACAAUUGCUCACUAUCAGAGCACAGGCAAGUCCUCUCACAUGUGAGCCUUACUUUCAUCAUCUGUGGAGUAGAUAAUUGUGUCUGUGUCCUGGCAGGCUCAUAUGAAUUAAGUCCUAAGACUUUAGACCAGCUCUGGUAAAGGCAAAGUUUUCAAGAGGCAUUACUUAUCAUUUUCUCCCCAAGCCAAUGUUCUUUUCUUUUGGUUAAACCAUUGUUAUUUUUAGAUGGCGUAUAAGGUAAUUGGGUUCAUCAUGGCUUUCUAUAGCCAUAGAUAAUUAUGUUUAUUAAUAUUUGUUCCCCAUUACCUCCCUUUGGCCCUACUUCCUUCUCAUGUGGGUCUCCUUCCUCCCUCCAAAUAAUCCUUUCCUGCUCUUGUGUCAUAUGUAUGUGUGCAUAAAUAUGUAUUUUAACCUAAAUUCUGCAUGUAGCUAGCCAGACAAGAAGUAUAGGCGGGACAAACAGAAAAAAAAAUUCUAAAAAGUA